CGUUUUAUUUUUUAUUUUUUUCCUCUCAAAUGGAUCGACCAGUUAAAAGAAGCUCUCUCUCUCUCUCUCUCUCUGUGGAGCUCUCUGCAACUGAUCUUCUGAUCAGCUUUUCCUAGGUUUCAUCUCAUUUUUCUUUCUUUCCGACUUCAAUUUUGUGUCUUGGACAAGAAUCUCGAGCUCAACGAGUCGAAAAUCAUUGAGAACAGUGGAGUUUCUGCGUACUUUUCAGUGAUUUUCUUCGAAAACCUAAAGGUACUUUUCUGUUCUUGUUCGUAGUGUUGUUCAUUUGCUGACUGAAACUUGAAAGACUCGAGAAGUUCUUCUGUGCGAAGUCGGAUGGAGUAGAUGAAACAUGGAUGAAGGAUUUGGGGGUAUUUUGAGCAACAUUUCUAGUGUGGAAGCAACUGCGGAAGGAUAGAUGGAGUGAUCCAAGUGGAAAUUCGAUGGAUCAAUGAUGGUUGGUUUGAUUCCCAACGAUAAUUUUGGGAUUUGGUUUGGGACUUUUGGUGUAUUGGCAAAUUUGGAUGUGAUUCUGGAGUUCUUGGGUGAACGAGUGAAUGACAGGAUUUUACUUUGAGAAUGGGUGAAGCAUUGAUUCCUGUGAAGAGUCUGAUUUUGGUCAGUAGAGUCGUUUCAUGAUGUCGCGAACUGAGAGGAUGACAACGGAUCUUAAUAGGACUGGCCCUGUCGAAAGGGACAUUGAACAGGCCAUCACUGCUUUGAAGAAAGGAGCAUAUUUGCUGAAGUAUGGACGCAGGGGGAAACCCAAGUUUUGUCCUUUCAGGCUGGCAAAUGAUGAAUCUGUCUUAAUAUGGUUCUCGGGAAAGGAGGAGAAGCACCUUAAACUAAGUCAUGUUUCCCGAAUUAUACCUGGCCAACGCACUGCAAUCUUUCAGAGGUAUCCUCGGCCUGAAAAGGAAUACCAGUCAUUUUCUCUUAUUUACAAUGACAGGUCACUUGAUUUGAUUUGCAAGGACAAAGAUGAAGCUGAGGUAUGGUUUAUUGGUCUAAAAGCAUUAAUUUCACGUAGUCAUCACCGGAAAUGGAGAACAGAAUCAAGAAGUGAUGGAGUUUCAUCUGAAGCAAAUAGUCCUAGAACUUACACCCGGAGAAGUUCUCCUUUGAGUUCUCCUUUUGGUAGUGGUGAUAGCUUGCAAAAGGAUGGAAUGGACCCUCUUCGUCUUCACAGUCCAUAUGGAAGUCCCCCUAAAAAUGGUAUGGACAAGACAUUUUCUGAUGUGAUAUUAUAUGCUGUUCCACCCAAGGGUUUCUUCCACCCAGAUUCUGCUAGCGGGUCAGUCCAUUCUUUGUCAUCAGGUGGAUCAGAUGGUCUAAAUGGGCACAUGAAGAGCAUGACAAUGGAUGCUUUUAGAGUAAGUCUAUCGAGUGCUGUUAGCUCAUCAAGUCAAGGUUCUGGUCAUGAUGAUGGCGAUGCUUUAGGGGACGUUUUCAUUUGGGGCGAGGGCACGGGGGAUGGGGUUCUGGGUGGUGGUACUAAUAAAGUUGGAAGUUCUGGUAUUAAAAUGGAUUCUUUUGUGCCUAAAGCCUUGGAAUCUGCAGUAGUGCUUGAUGUUCAGAAUAUAGCUUGUGGUGGAAGGCAUGCUGCUUUAGUAACCAAGCAAGGGGAGAUUUUCUCUUGGGGGGAAGAAUCAGGGGGCAGACUUGGGCAUGGCGUAGAUUCUGAUGUUUCACACCCAAAGCUAAUUGAUGCUCUUGGGAACACUAAUAUUGAACUGGUAGCAUGUGGGGAGCACCAUACUUGUGCUGUAACACUAUCAGGAGAUCUAUACACAUGGGGUGAUGGUACUUACAACUUUGGGCUCCUUGGACAUGGAAAUGAAGUCAGUCAUUGGGUCCCAAAAAGAGUGAAUGGGCCCUUGGAGGGUAUACAUGUCUCGUCCAUCUCCUGUGGACCAUGGCAUACAGCUGUUGUGACCUCUUCCGGUCAACUAUUUACUUUUGGUGAUGGAACUUUUGGUGUUUUGGGCCAUGGAGAUAGGAAAAAUGUGUCAAUACCUAGGGAAGUUGAAUCCCUGAAGGGGCUUCGCACUGUUCGAGCAGCUUGUGGUGUCUGGCACACUGCUGCAGUUGUUGAAGUUAUGGUUGGGACUUCAAGUUCAAGCAAUUGUUCCUCGGGGAAGCUGUUUACUUGGGGAGAUGGAGACAAAGGUCGACUUGGGCAUGGUGACAAGGAACCCAGACUUGUGCCUACAUGUGUUGCUGCUCUAGUUGAACCAAACUUUUGUCAAGUUGCCUGUGGGCACAGUCUUACAGUUGCACUUACAACCUCAGGCCAUGUUUAUGCAAUGGGUAGUCCUGUUUAUGGUCAGCUAGGAAAUCCUCAGGCUGAUGGGAAGCUCCCAACCCGUGUUGAAGGAAAGCUCUUAAAAAAUUUUGUUGAGGAGAUAGCUUGUGGUGCUUACCAUGUUGCAGUUUUAACAUCAAGAACUGAAGUUUAUACCUGGGGCAAGGGAGCAAAUGGCCGAUUAGGUCAUGGAGAUACAGAUGAUAAAAAUUCUCCAACACUAGUUGAAGCUUUGAAAGAUAAGCAAGUCAAAAGUAUUGCUUGUGGUACAAAUUUCACUGCAGCAAUCUGUCUUCAUAAAUGGGUAUCGGGUAUUGAUCAAUCAAUGUGCUCCGGAUGCCGUCUGCCGUUUAAUUUCAAAAGAAAACGACAUAAUUGCUACAAUUGUGGACUUGUUUUUUGUCAUUCAUGUAGCAGUAAAAAAUCUCACAAGGCUUCUAUGGCACCAAAUCCCAACAAACCUUAUCGUGUGUGUGACAACUGCUUUGGUAAACUCAGGAAAGCCUUAGAGGCUGAUUCUGCAUCCAACUCUGAUCUGAGUAGAAGAGGAAAUAUGAAUCAGUGCCUUAAUGAAUUGAUUGAAAAAGAGGCAAAGUUGGACUCUAGAUCUCAUGUACAAUUGGCUAGAUUUUCUUCAAUAGAAUCCUUUAAGCAAGUGGACAGUAGAUCUAAGAGAAAUAAGAAACUUGAAUUUAAUAGUAGCCGUGUUUCUCCUGUUCCAAAUGGAGGUUCUCAGUGGGGACCACUUAAUAUCUCUAAAUCUUUCAAUUCCAAAAAGUUUUUCUCAGCUUCUGUUCCUGGAUCAAGAAUUGUUUCUCGGGCAACAUCACCUAUAUCAAGACGGCCUAGUCCACCUCGCUCCACCACACCAACCCCAACUCUGGGAGGGCUUACAUCUCCAAAGAUUGUUGUGGAUGAUGCUAAAAGAACAAACGAUAACCUAAGCCAAGAAGUUCUUCAGUUAAGAGCACAGGUUGAAAAUCUCACCCGUAAGGCCCAACUUCAAGAAGUUGAAUUGGAAAGAACGACUAAGCAGCUAAAGGAGGCAAUUGCAAUUGCAGGGGAAGAGACUGCAAAAUGUAAAGCAGCUAAGGAAGUGAUCAAGUCACUUACCGCUCAAUUAAAAGAAAUGGCUGAAAGGUUGCCUGUCGGAGCAGCACGGAACAACAAACCUCCUCCCUUAACUUCCUUUGAUUCUAGUCCUACCCCCAGCAAUGUUUCUGCAGCACCAAUUGACCAGACGAGCAGUCCAAUAACAUCCCAUGAACCAGAUUCAAAUGGAUCAAAUAGCCUGGUGCUCUCUAAUGGACCAAGCACCACUAAUAACCGGAAUUUGAGUCACAACAGAAUAGUCUAUUCUGAAGCAACAAGGAAUGGGAGCAGAACACCAGAAGGGGAACCCCAUCAUGAGUCUGAAUGGGUUGAGCAAGAUGAACCUGGUGUAUACAUUACACUUACAUCCCUACCUGGGGGUGCCAGGGAUUUAAAGAGAGUCCGCUUCAGUCGGAAGCGGUUUAGUGAGAAACAAGCAGAACAAUGGUGGGCGGAGAACCGUGCAAGGGUAUAUGAGCAAUACAAUGUGCGCAUGGUUGAUAAAUCCAGUGUCGGUGUUGGGAGUGAGGAUUUAGGUCAUUGACACGUAGAAAUAAUCUGUAUAUGAAAAGGUAUAGUUGAGGCUUCAAUUGCAUUGAAGCUUGUUUUGAUCAAAUUUAGAUGUUGCUUUCAUCUUAUUGAUGGGAAAAGGUGGUACAUAGAAAGGCGAAGAGAGGAUUAGAGAGGAUUGGUUGUGUUUUGUCCCUUGAUUUCCUUUUUUUCGUUUGGCCAAAAUGUGCCUGUGUGGAAGAAAAAAAAAGCCAAGUUGGUUGAGGAUGAGGAAUGUAAAUUCUUAGUAGGUAGCUAGCUUUUAUUUAAAGCAGCUGCCUUGUAAAUUCAUAAGCAAAUGCGUCUUCAAGGUUUUACAAAGUUAAAAAUUUGCUUCUUUUACUUCUGAA